AUGUUUGUCCACAUCUCGGCCCUCUCCUUCUUCGUCCUUGUUGUCUUCAUCGGCUACUACUUCCGCCAGCGCAUCUACUCGUUCGCAGAGCCGUACCUCCCCACCUCGGUCAUUGCGCGUCUCUCAAACUACCAGCCCCUGCAGACGUUCUCGUUCCAGGACCAGGCGGCUGCUGGCAUGAGCUCGUCCAAUUUCGACCUCGAGGCCAAUAUGGGCGAGGGGAGCGGCGAGAACCGCGUCGGCCUCGACGAGGAGGCCGUCGAGGAGGUUCGGCGUAUUAUGGCUGUUGAGCGGUGCACGUUCGACCGCGCGCGUCUCAUCCGUCACAAUCGCAUCCUGGCCAAGAACGGCAUUGCCCCAGAUGGCACCCCCCUCGACCGCAAGGCCGUCACACGUCUUUAG